AAAGCAAAUGCUCAGAAUUAACAUUUCAGAAGUGUUCUUGAGACAGAAAGAAAUUAAGGCAGUCAGUUUAGGUAGUCAUGCUAAUUGACUGCAAUAUUCUACUGACUAACUGGAACUUUGUUUUUAACACUGAACAUGGAAAUAUCAGUAAAUUCAGCCAAUUUCAUUCAUCUUCCCUUUCUUUCCCCUGCCACCCACUGUUCCCUAUUUUCAUGCCUGCUUCUCUGUCUUUCCUCUCUGCUCACACCUCCUGAAAUGAUCUUCAAGUUUUACAAACUGGUUUCAGUGGCAGUCUUGGAGCAUGAUUUACAGCACAGUUUAAUCAUCAUGACUACAACAUUCAAUGAUGAUGGUUCUAAGGCAAUUCAGCGGUCCACAGAGGUCUCUGAAACAAGAACUGCCUCCGAGGAGAUUGAUGUUGUGUAUGAGAUUGAGAAGACAUGCAGCUUCAUUACAGAUAAUGGCUUUAAAAAGGUGGCUCUUCAGUUUCCUGAUGAACUUCUCAUUGAUGCCGCUGCCAUUAUAUCAAAACUGGAGAAGAACACCACAGCCAAACUUUUCAUAUUGGGUGACACAUCAUAUGGCAGUUGCUGUGUAGAUGAAGUUGCUGCUGAGCAUCUUGAAGCUGACAGUUUGGUACAUUAUGGAAGAGCAUGUCUCAGUCCAUCCAGAAGGCUGCCAGUGAUGUAUGUGUUUGGACAAAAACCAGUGGAUCUGCAUCAGUGUGCUGCAUCCUUCCAAGCCCUGUAUCCAGACAAGAAUACUCGUGUUAUAAUUCUCUGUGAUGUCAUCUACUCAUAUGUACUUGAAAAACUGCGACAACUUCUUCACCCAGAAUAUAAAAAUCUUGUUGUUUCAAAGAUAUGCAGUGGCCAAAAUGAAACAAUUGAUCUGUGCAAGACGAAUGGCCUUCAUUAUGGCGGUGAUGUUGAUUCUUGUUCUACCUUCAGAUCCUGCAACCACAUAUGCAAUCAGUCAAGCUAUCAAGUUAUAUCCAAGUUUGGCCGGCACUGCUUCAUCAGUGCCAGUACUGAUGUGACAGACUACAGCAUGUUCUACAUUGGGCAGGAGAGCCCGACACUAACUAACUUUAUGAUGACAUGGAAUCAAUGUUCCUUUUGCUCAUUUGAUCCAGUGAAAGGGGUCGGGAGACAAGAAAGUCUGAACGUUAACAGGGCAUUGAUGAAGCGAUACUACAUGAUUGAACGAGCCAAGGAUGCUCAAGUUGUAGGAAUUUUAGUGGGGACUCUUGGUGUUGCUGACUAUCUUUCUACCAUAGACCAUCUUAAAUCAAUUAUCAAGAAGGCUGGAAAGAAAAGCUACACCUUCGUAAUGGGUAAACUGAAUGCUGCCAAGCUGGCUAAUUUCAUGGAAGUCGAUAUAUAUGUGCUUGUAGCCUGUCCAGAAAAUUCUUUGCUGGAUUCCAGUGAAUUUUAUAGGCCUGUUGUAACACCAUAUGAGAUGGAGGUUGCAUGCAAUCAAGCAAGAGAGUGGACUGGAGAAUACAUUACUGACUUCAGGGACCUACUUCCAGGUGCUUGCAGCCAUAUUGAAUUUCCAGAUGACACUUUCAAUAGUGGAGAGACUGAUAUCUCAUUAGUGACUGGAGCCUUGCGAGCAACACACCUGCCAAAGUCAGAGUGGCAAAACAAAGCAUCGAGCACGUCGGUCAUCCCCAGGAAUGAGGCUUUAGCAAUUACCCAGCCACACUCAGCAGCCUCAUUCCUGGCAUCUAGGAGCUGGCAAGGCCUGCAGCAGCAACUAGGGAAGACCUCUGUGUCAAAAGCAGCAGUAGGUCGGAAAGGAAUUGCAAUUGCCUAUGAAGGAGAAGCCACAAGUUAAAGGAACUGGAAUUGGAAGUCAAUUGUAUUGUGCUACACCAUGGGUGAGAUGCUCUUCAGAGGAUUGGUGUGGACUCAAUGGGCUGAAUGGCCUGCUCCCACACUGUAUGGAUUCUAUUCUAUUAAUGGACCCGCUUCUUUUGGAGUUAAAAAUCACGAAUAUGUUUCUCCUGUGGCUCAGUGAGCAUAUCCAAUUCAAUGUAGACUCAUACAGGUAAAAACGAACCCUUGUCUCAACUAAUCUCAGGUGGGAUACAACCAAAAGACUCAAUUUUUUCUCAAAUCCAUUGUUUAGCAUCGUCAGCCAGGAUCCUUGCUCCUAAUAGUGUUCGAGCAAUGCCUCCCUGAAAAUGUGUGCCACCUUGUGGUCAUCAGGUAAGAGGACGGUGAAUGUGAAUAGAGUACAGUCUGUAGUAUCCUGCACCUGGGGAAGCCAGCUAUGUUGACAGAUCCUACUGCAUGGACUAUAGCACUAACCUUAUCAUGGGGUAACAGGAUAAGACUGUUUGAUCUGAAAUAAAUUGCAUUGGAAAAAUCUCUGAUACAUUUGUGGAUUGGGGAUUGAGAGAUUCACCACAGAUUGCCAGUAGAUCCUUGGAGGCUUUGAGUUACGUAAAGGUUUACAGCAUCAGUCUCAUUGAAGGUCACCAGGUUAGGAUCGCCAGCCCCUCCUCCAGGUUGCAGUUCCUGCCACAGUUGUGUUGUAAGAAAAAGAUCAGGUCCUUAGCAAUAUUAGCAGACAGCAUCUGCAACGCUCCCAAAUGAUGUAGACCUCCAUUGGGUUGGACAUGGAGGACAUUCACAAGGAGGGUCACGGACUAUCUCUACAUGGAUCUUCCUCAUAGGGACCUUUGACUAAUGUAUGCAGCACAAGCAGAUACAGUAGGAGAUUGUAAGGGCUGUAUGAUUAUUGAUAUCAUUUCCUCCAACCCCACAUCACCCAGGAAAGGUAGCAUUGCAUAUAACAGCAGGUUGGUGACUACUUGCAGUUCAAGCUGAGAGGAAAUUAGUUCCAUGCCCUUGUGCAACCUACGGGACCUUGCAUUGUCUUUAUGCGUGUGGGCUGUAGGUGCCACUUUUAAAGUCACCUGUGAUUGCUUGUAAAUCACAGAGACUGCAAUCUUCAAUCUGCAUUGACCAAUGACAUGAUCAAGGUUGUUUGUGACUGGCAUGAUUGAUCACAUAUACAUGAAGCUAUGAUUUCAGAUGACUUCGACCUGGCCUAUGAAAGUGCCUGAAUCAUCUAAUUGGCCCCUGAAGGGCCUGACAUCGCUCACAAGUAGAUCCUGCUUGCUCAGUGGGGACAAAAAACACUCAAUUCUGCCCAUUCCAGGUGUGCUAGCAGCCAUUUUCCAUUUCUAGCGUGCAUUUACAAGUCACAUGUGACAUGGCAGGUUGUGCUGGGACAAGUUUCAGGCUCAGCCUGAUCAUUAGGAGGACCCCUCCCCCGUCAAACCUCCACAUUUCCUUCUUCCUGGAACUCUCUGUUGAGCCUCUCACACUGAGCUUCCACAUAUUUCAACAUACCACUUUGAAUGAUAUCUUCAUCUUUUAACAUUACCCCCGAUCCCCAGCCCUACAGCUUAGUUAUCAAGCUGCACUGCUACCCCCAUUGGGGCCUGGCUGAUGGUGACUGUUGAUGAAUCUACCCUCCCAACAGUAAACUAUGUCAUAGAGUCAUACAGCAUGGAAACAGACCCUUCGGUCCAACCAGUCCCUGCAGAACAUAAUCACAGACUAAACUAGUCCCACCGACCUGCUCCUGACCCAUAUCCCUCCAAAUCUUUCCUAUUCAUGCACUUAUCCAAAUGUCUUUUAAACAUUUUAAUUGUGCCCACAUCUACCAUGUCUUCAGGAAGUUCAUUCUGCACGUAAACCAUACUCUCUGUAACAAAUUUGCCCCUCAUGUCUUUUAUAAAUCUCUCUCCUCUCACCUUAAAAAUGUGCCCUGUAGUUUCGAAAUCCCCCAUACUAGGGAAAAGACAACUGCCAUUAACUCUAUUUACAUCCCUCGUUAUUUUAUAAACUUCUUUAAGGUCACCUCUCAACUUCCAAUGCUUCAGUGAAAAAACUUCCAGGCUAUCCAGCCUUUCUUUAUACCUCAAAACUUCCACACCCGGCAACAUACAUCUCCACCGCACCAUCAUCUUCCCUCAUUAUUUAUAUUGAAUUCUCCCUUCAUAAUUAUUUCCCGUCUGCGCCCCAGCAUGCUGCCACCAACCCUUAGCAUUUAUCCUGAGAUAAAUAUGAGAUGCUGCAUUUUUAUACGGCAACUCAGGGCAGAACUUAUUCAGUUAAUGGUAAGGUUGUGGGGAGCGUUGCUGAAAGAAGAGACCUCGGAGUGCAGGUUCAUACUUCCUUGAAAGCUAAGUUGCAGGUAGACAGGAUAGUCUGCUGCAGGAAAUAUUUGUGAAACUUGAAAGGGUUUAGUAAAGAUUUACAAGGAUACUACCAGGGUUGGAGGGUUUGAACUAGAGGGAACGGCUGAUUAGGCUGAGGGUACUUCCCAUGGAGCGUCAGAGGCUGAGGGGUGACCUUAUAGAAGUUUAUAAAAUCAUGAGGGGCAUGGAUAGGGUGUCUGCUCAAGGUCUUUUUCCUAGGGUAAGUGAGUCCAAAACUAGACAGCAUAGGUUUAAGGUGAGAGAGGAAAGAUUUAAAAGGGACCUUGGGGCAAUGUUUUCACAGGGAGGGUGGUGCGUGUAUGGAAUGAGCUGCCAGAAGAAGUGGUGGAGGCUGGUACAAUCACAAAAUUUAAAAGGCAUCUGGAUGGGUAUAUGAAUAGGAAGGUUUUUGGAGGGAUAUGGACUAAAUGCUGGCAAAUGGGACUAGAUUAAUUUAGAAUAUCUGGUUGGCAUGGACAUGUUGGGCUGAAGGGUCUGUUUCUGUGCUGUGCAGCUCUAUGACUCUAUGACACUAUUGCUUAUUUGUGUUAAUUUCCUCAGAUAUAUUUUUCACAAUUUAUAAAAUGAUGAGCAUCCAGGGAAAGUUGAUUUGGUGAUGUCAGAUAAAUUAACAAAUGUGGUUAAAAUUAUAUAAUUUGAAUCACCCCCAAAUUUUCCACACCAGGCAAUCCUAGCAAUAGGUUACAAUUCAUUAAUAAUUACUUUUUAAACCAAAGCAUUCUGUGAUACAAAAAAAAACAGAAAUAUAAAAACAGCAAAAUGAAGUAAAGGUCACUGCAACUUUUAUAAUGGCUUGAUUUUUUUAAAAAUAGGUUUCUGUUUGACACUUGACAGAUAUCGCACUGAAAUUUGAGUGCUUUCUGCUACAUUGUUUUGUCAAAUAUGUUAAUGGAUGUUCUGCAGGAGAUAACAAUCACCUUUUCAAUUUAUUUUUUUCUUAAGAUAAAAUUAGCAAUCUUUCACCUACAAUAAAGGUGAAUUUGGAAAAGCUGAUUUUCAGACUCUUUUAUGUUUUUGGCUUGCAUAGCAAUAUAAUGGAUGCCAUUGUUUAAGAGCACUUAGGAGACAGAAAGGAAAAUUGCAGUUUUCUCCUCUGAACAAUAUGCCUACAAGAACUCCUGUUGCAUCUGCAAAGUUGUUUUGUUGUAACACGAAAGGAAACAUCACUUAAAACAGAAACUUAAAAACCUUUCACCUUCGGUCAAGGUUUGAUAUUAAACUUCAGUGAGAUAUCAAGCUAUCCAUUUGCAAACUUCCUUAAGAUCAAAGAGUCUAUACAAUAGAUGAUAUUAGCUUUAAACAUAAAUCUAGGGGGAGGGUCUAAAGAUACUAAUAAUCUUGCCAAUUAAUUCAGGGCAGGUAUAGAUUUUUUACAGUCAAUAGAAACAUAGAAGAUAGGAGCAAGAGGAAGCCAUUUGGCCCUUGGUGUGGGAACAUGGCGGUGUGUGAAAUUGGUAGGCAACUGGAAGAUCAGGGUCAUUUUUGCAGACAGAGCAAUCGUGUUCUGCAAAGCAGUCAUCCAGUCUGUGUAUCUUCUUCUCAAGGUAAAGGAGAUUUAAUGAAGUACAGAUAAAUGACUGCUUCACUUCUGUGGCUUUUGAAUGGUGAAGAGACAGGAAGUAAACGGGCAGAUAUUACACCUUCUGGGAUUGCAUGACGAGGUGCUGAGGGGCAUGUGGAGGUGUUGCAAUGGAGGCAGUAGACCAGAAUGUGUUGGAGGGAAUGGUCCCUGCAAAUGCCAACAAGGGAAAGGAGAGGGGUAUACAUCUGGUUGUGGUAUCUCAUUGGAGGUGAUGGAAAUGGUGCACUUCUACCCUCACCUCUUCCUUUCCUUUCACUCCUACAACAACAAUAGGGCCCACCCAUGGUCCUCAUUUACCAGGCCACCAUCCACCCCAUCAAAAGGAUUGUAAAUUGUCAUUUCUGUCAGGAAUAGUUAAAUAAACUGUUAGGAAAGGUAAAUUAGAUGCCUAAAGAGUAAAGAUAGGAAUAUAAUUUCUAUGAGUUUGAGUCUCUGUAAAUGAUCGUAUUGAGUAAAAUGUUGCAAUAUUGUUUUGAUAUGUGCUUUUGAUCUUGCUAAUUGUCUUCUAUAUUUAGAUAGCUGGGUCUGU